GCAUCCGAUUCUCUACGUCGCCUUCUUGCCCGCUCGAAGAGAAGGCGUUACUCAGUCACCUUUUCCCCUGCCCUUCUCGCUCCGCGCAAUGCCUUCCUUCAUCGCUCUUCUCCCUCUAGACUCCUCUGCUACAAGCUUUGGGUAAAAUUUGCUUCGAAUCCUUCAACUGUAUGCGCGACUCCCAUGAAUUCCUUUCUUGUGGAAUCCUGGUGGCUCUCUGGGGUUGCUUUACUUUGGAUGGCGAAAAGAGAUAAGGAAUCUGAACUGUUGCGCUCCACAUACCAUCUUUGUUAGUUUUUACCUGCAUCCCCGACUUCUUCCUUGGGUAUUAUUUCGGAGACGAAUAGAACUAUGCUGCAGAAUACGAGUUUCGAUGGAAGGUUUGGAAUGAUGCCCUUCUUUUUCUGCUUUGGUUCCAUGCUCUUUCUACCUUUCCACCAGGGCGUGCUGAUGGCUCAUGCAUUUACUGGUACUUAUGGGAUAAAUUAUGGUAGAAUUGCUGAUAACAUUCCUCCACCUGAAAGUGUUGUAACACUCUUGAAAGCAGCAAGGGUGAAAAAUAUCAAAAUCUUUGAUGCUGACCAUGAUGUUAUUCAGGCAUUUAAGGGGUCUGGGCUGCAGUUGGUGGUUGGAAUUGGGAAUGAGUAUCUUAAAGACAUGAGUGUAAAUGAAGAGCGCGCCAUGGACUGGAUUAAAGAGAACGUGCAGGCCUUUCUUCCUGGUACCCAUAUCAGUGGAAUUACAAUUGGGAAUGAAGUUUUAGGAGGAUCAGAUCAGGGACUAGAAGAGGCUCUCUUAGGUGCUAUAAAAAAUGUUUACAGUGCCCUGAGCAGGCUUCAACUUGCAGAUGUUAUUGAGAUUUGGACGCCACAUUCUGAGGCUGUGUUUGCUAACUCUUAUCCUCCUUCAUCCUGCAUCUUUAAAGAGAGUGUUCUGGUUUAUAUGAAACCCAUUCUGGAAUUCUUCUCACAGCAUGGCUCCCCUUUCUAUGUCAAUGCAUAUCCAUUCCUGGCUUACAAAAGUGAUCCUGAGCAUAUCGACAUUAAUUAUGCUCUCUUUCAGUCAAAUUCUGGAAUAUAUGAUGCAAAGACUAACCUGCACUAUGAUAACAUGUUUGAUGCUAUGAUAGAUGCUGCUUAUGCUGCUCUGGAAACUGCUGGCUAUAACAACAUGGAAGUUCGGGUUUCUGAGACCGGAUGGGCGUCUAAUGGGGAUGAAGAUGAAGCAGGAGCUACCAUUCAUAAUGCAAGAACAUACAACCUUAAUCUGCGUAAGCGGCUUUUAAAAAAGAAAGGGACUCCGCUUCGGCCAAAAAAAGUGGUGAAGGCUUAUAUCUUUGCAUUAUUUAAUGAGAAUCUGAAGCCAGGGCCAAGUUCAGAGAGACACUAUGGACUGUUCAAGGCUGAUGGCAGCAUUUCAUAUGAUAUUGGAUUCACAGGGCUCAGGCCUUCCUCUGCUUCUCAAUCUCUAGCCUCCCUCAAGGGACUUAAUGCUAGAAGUUGGUGCAAGCCCUACUCUAAGGUGGUUGCAUCAUGUGCCAUAGUUUUGCUUCUGGCUUUGUUAAUAUGACAUUACUUUAACAUUAGAUGCUAAUGUAAAAAGCCAACAUGAACAUGCCAGUCAAAACUUGUAAGCUUCUUUCUCUGCACAGUGUUUGAAGUACCCAAUUGUAGCAUUUAAACUUCCAUUUCCAGGAAACUGCUGAUCAUGUUAUAAAAAUUGAAUCAAGGCAUUUUUUUUAA